CAGCCAUAGCCGCCACUUCCUUUCUCAAGCUCAAACGCUUCCGCCCCAACGUUACUUUUCCACCUGCACGUUACUUUUCCGCCUCUUUCUCUAUAUAUAUAUAUAUAGUUUUGUCCUUUUCUAAGACUGAUCACCUAUAAAAACUGCGUUGAAGAUGUGCUAAUUAGAACAACCACUGCCCACUUUCUCUCUCCUUUACGUGAAUCGGAGAGGUGAACAGAUCAUAUAUGGAUAUGAUGGUGGCGACGGCGCCGGAGGAGGUACCUCAGGCAGUACUGGUGAUCAGGGAGUACGACACCGAACGUGACCGCGAAGCUGCGGAGGCGGUGGAGCUGUCGUGCGACGUUGGGGCCAGAGCCGGCACCAUGUCGCUCUUCACGGAUCUCCUCGGCGAUCCUCUCUGCCGUGUCCGUCACUCUCCUCUGUUCCUCAUGCUCGUAGCGGAGCUGAUCCGUGGCCCGCAGAGGGAGAUCGUUGGGCUCGUCCGGGGCUGCAUCAAAACCGUGGCCUGCGGCGCCGCCAAGAAGCAUCCUUCCUGCGCGAAGCACCGCGCUGCCUCCAUCUACGCCAAGGUCGCCUACCUUCUCGGCCUACGUGUCUCCCCUGCCCACCGGCGGCGGGGUAUCGCGCUUAAGCUGGUCCUCCGAAUGGAGGAGUGGUUUAAGGAGAAGGGGGCGGAUUACGCUUACAUGGCGACGCAGAAGGACAACGAAGCGUCGCUUCGACUCUUCACCGGAAGGUGCGGCUACUCCGAGUUCCGAACUCCUUCCAUUCUCGUGCAUCCCGUAUUCGCGCACUGGCUCCCACUCUCGUCGCGCGUCUCCGUGCUUCGUCUCUCCCUUGCCGACGCCGAGGAGCUCUACCGACGCUGGUUAGGCGCCACCGAGUUCUUCCCCCGUGACAUCGACGUCGUGCUCGCCAACCCUCUGUCGCUGGGCACGUUCCUCGCUGUCCCCUCGGCCUGCACCGCCGCGGUGCGAUGGCCUGGGGCGGCAGCUUUCCUGGCGGACCCGCCUACGUCGUGGGCUGUGGGGAGCGUGUGGAACUCGAAGGAGGUGUUCCGGAUGGAGGUGCGGGGUGCGGGACUCUGGCAGCGGGGUUUGGCGCGGGUGAGCCGGGCGGUUGACUGGGCGCUGCAGUGGCUGCGGAUACCGUCCGUGCCGGACUUAUUCCGGCCGUUCGGGAUGUACCUAUUGUACGGGAUCGGUGGGGAGGGGCCAGCGGCGGCGGAGCAUGUACAGGCGCUUUGCCGGCACGCGCACAACAUGGCCAGGCGGGACGCUGACUGCCGGGUGGUUGCGGCGGAGGUUGCGGAGUGCGACCCGCUCCGCCGGGGGAUCCCUUACUGGGGCAGGCUAUCGUUCGCCGACGUAUGGUGCGUGAAGCGGCUCGCCGAAGAGUACGGCGAUGGGGCGCUCGGCGACUGGACGAAAGCGCCGCGACCGCCGUCCAUCUUCGUAGAUCCAAGGGAGUUCUGAAUCUGACGGUCUCAGUUCGCCGCUUUUUUUCACGGUCACUAAUCGUGCAAUGUGGGGUUUAAUUAUGACGUCACGGUUUCUUUUGCUUUUAGUUAACGUAAUUUUUCUUUAUGUCGUUGUAGCUUAUAUGGGUGGCACGUCGCUAUCGGUUUUGUAAAUGAAGUCGGAUCUUGUUUAUGACA